AUGGACAACUCUUUGGCCUCUGAUCAUCCCCAUCUCCUGCCAAUGGCAAACCCCCCCCACUUCGAUAGGAAUAGCAUGAUGCACCACUCCUCAGAUAGUCAAAAUCCUCGAUAUCUGAACAGCCCCAGUGUAACUGGGUCUGACUCUGAAUGGAUCGUUUUUCAGCAAACCACUUCAUCGCCAAUGCUUCAAGGAUACAAUCAGUCGGUCUACUCGUUUUCGGCUCCAUUGGAGCCCCCAAGUUUAUUGCAUCAGGCUGCAUCGCAGCCUUGUCCCCGCACAACCCGAAAUCUAUCUACAUCCAGCGACUACUCGCAGUUUCCGGUGAACAAUAUCAUGAGCCGGUCGGCAUCCCAGUUCUCGUCCAUGUCUUCCGGUCAGCACGCACAUAGCUACAACACGAUCCAAGCGCUACGCGGAUCCUUCGACGGUGCAUCACCUUUAGACAUGACACGUUCGUACUCGAGCACUUCAGAUAACCCAGAGACUGUAAAUCAGCAGCCUUCAGUGCAGUCAGAUUUCACGUUACCCAACUGGCAUACUGGUGGACAAUUCGCUUUCGCACCACAGGUUCCAAACCAACACGCCACAGCUGGCCCCUCGGCCCAGUACCAGUUGGACUUGAAUGAUAACUUGGGCAUUGGAAACGGAAGCAGAAAUCAGUCUUUGGAUUGGAAAACACAUACCAACGAGUAA